ACCCCGUCCGCAUCCGCCGUGCGUUCGUUUCGUCGACGCGGUGUGCCGGAAAAACGAUGAAUGAAAAUGUGCGCGACCCCAUUAAACGAAAUGCGCAUCGCGGCAAAUGCGGCCCGCACGAUUAAACGCGGUGUAACAAAAAAUCUCGGCCUGUCAAAAAAAUGAUGUUAAACUGAUCGAUGAUGCUAAUUAAACUAUUAUCACACGUGGUAAUCAAAUUGGAGUUUUAAUCCUUCUUAUCAUCUUGAUUGACAUCGUUCCUGCAACUUGGUACAAUUCACGUUCAGGCAAUAAACGUAAUCAUGGAUGUACGUAAAUUAACAGUGAUUCGUGCACAACUACCGCAGGACAAUUUAAUGCAAGUUAAACUGAAUUGUGCGGAGAAUGAUGAAAUAUUUGCGGAAAUAUUCAAGAGACUAGAUCCGGAAAUUGAGGUUGAUGAUUCUCACUCUGCAAGAAAAUAUCCACAUCGCGGGAUAACUUUGCGGUGUAUAAAAAAUAUAUUUGAUGUAUAAAUAUAAGAAAAAAAUAAAAGAUCUUAAAAAAUAUUUUCAAGAGUAAUAAAAAAAGAAAAUAAAGAAUAAGAGAAUAAAAAGAAAUAAAAAAAAAUAAAAUAAAUAUAAAAGACAAAUAUAUAUAUAUGUACAUAUUUAAAUUAUUUUUAGCAAGAGCGACGAACAAAGAUGAUAAUACUAUACGAUGUGAUGUUAUUUUUAUCAUUACAAAAUGACAUCGUGUGAUUAUGUAUCUGUGUUGUAUAAAUUAACCAGAAUUUGGACCAGCGGAAGAAAUAAAUAAAAGCGAUCAUAAAUGAAGAAAAGAAACAUUUUUUUGCAAAAAAUUUUGAAAAAUAUUGAUAAAUCAUUCGUUCAAUUUUCAAAAAUGUGCAACAAAAUAUCAAUCAAUAAAUCUCAUAAUUAAUUCGAAAAAUCUUGAGAAGCAUUUUUCUAAUAUAUAAUAUCAGAUAUCAAAUAUCAUUAUAAUAUUUCAUCUAAUUAAUUAUUUUUUUUUUCAUCACGAUGAUGAAGAGAAGGGAAAGUCAAAUAAUUCACAAUGAUCACUAAAAGAUAAUCCACUGGACGACGCCCCUUUCUAUCAUCGAGAAUUUUCGAUCACCAUGAAGCCCAGACCGUGCAAGAGAAAAGAAGCGUUUUCCGCGACAUAAACGGUGAAUUACAAUAUCAACAUUUUCACCAUGCUGAACGUAAUGGCGACGAUGUCAACGAGAUUACCUCAGAUAGAGUCCACGUCUUCGUCGGUCCUCGUCAAUAACACCAUCGUUGCCACUGGUACAACGACAACCACAACAACGAGCGCGAACGUGACGGCAGAAAACCCGACGGUGGAGAAUCUCCCCGAGAACGUGAAUGUGCCGUUGAUGGUGAUCAAGGGUAUCAUCAUGGGAGCUAUCAUCACCACGGCCGUUCUCGGCAAUAUGUUAGUGAUCGCCAGCGUGCGAAGACACCGCAGACUCCGCGUGGUCACCAAUUGUUAUGUUGUGAGUCUGGCAGCGGCCGAUCUGCUGGUGGCGAUGUGCGCCAUGACCUUCAAUGCCUCGGUAGAACUUUCGGGUGGCAAAUGGCUGUUCGGGGCGGUUAUGUGCGAUUUAUGGAACUCUCUGGACGUGUACUUUAGCACCGCUAGCAUCCUUCACCUCUGUUGCAUCAGCGUGGACAGAUAUUACGCGAUAGUGAGUCCGCUAGAGUACACCGUCAUCAUGAGACAGAGUACUGUCGGAUGCAUGCUCGGCAGUGCUUGGGUACUACCGGCACUGAUAAGCUUCAUUCCGAUCUUCAUGGGAUGGUACACGACCGAGGAACAUCUGGAUUACAUGGCGAAGCACCCGGGGAGCUGUGAGUUUCGAGUGAAUCUACCAUACGCGCUCAUCAGUUCCUGCGUGUCCUUUUGGAUCCCGGGCCUAGUAAUGAUCAUCAUGUACUGGAAGAUCUACAAGGAGGCGAUCCGACAACGGAAAGCUCUUAGUCGGACGUCCAGCAACAUCGUACUCAACAGCGUGCAUCAUCAUCGCUCGUCCACCCGGCAUCAUCAUCAUCAGCAGAUGUUGCUGCAGGCCGCCGCCGAUACCGGUGAGCUAGCUCUUCACACGGCACAUUUCACGGUGCCCACGGAGCUCCACGCCGUUAACGGUACUUCGAUACGACAACAAACAAGAAGUUGGCGGGCCGAACAUAAAGCCGCAAGAACACUCGGUAUAAUUAUGGGGGCGUUUCUUCUCUGUUGGCUACCGUUCUUUAUCUGGUAUCUGACGACGUCGCUGUGCGGCGAGACCUGCUACUGCCCGAACACGGUAGUAUCGGUGCUUUUUUGGAUAGGGUAUUUCAACAGCGCCCUAAAUCCGCUUAUCUACGCGUAUUUCAACCGCGACUUUCGCGACGCCUUCAAGGAUACGCUGAAGAGUGCCCUGCCCUGUUGCGCCAAUUGUUGGAAGACACCGUCGCAAUUUGUGUAGCGCGACAAGAUUUCCAGAAAUCUAUUUCUGAAAGGCGAAAUGAUCUCGCGUAAAGAGAGCGACGUCGAAACACGGAUAAACGCGUGCGGCGACAUACGCACCGAGAUCACAAGGGAUUUGUUAAUCUAUAUUUACUCUGUAAAUACGUCGAGAUGCCCGGUUAGCGCUAAUUAGAUGUAAUUAUUAAUUAGCGCGCCGGCACAUGCAAGGCUGUAAUAUAUGUAAUGCGAGAUACUUAAAGCAGUUAGUUAACGAGACCGCAUAUGUGUGUGUAAUAUUAUCGCAAUCACGAAACAAUAACGCCACGAUGGAUCAGCACAUAGAGUUUAUAAAGAGACGUCUCAUCGUGCGCGCCAUAUUAUAUGCCUGUAUAAAUGUACUAUAUAGCAAUAAAGUUGGGAGACAGAUUGUAAAUAUAAAAUAAUAUAAAAGCGUUUAGAAACGUGUGUGCUUGUUUAGUAUGUGUGUGUGUACGCGCGCGAAUGGUUGUUUUUGUAAGUAAAAUAGAUAUAUUAUACACACAUAUUAGUGUCGAGUUUUGCGUAUCUUAUGUGUUGCUUACAUGUAUACAAUAGGGAACUUUAGUCAAAAACAUACCAGGGCGACAUAAUUAAAUGAGCAUCUCUCUCAUUGUGUUCAAAUAUAUAUCAUUAUUUCUUUAAAUUAUAAGAGGAUCUCGUAUUUUUAUUUGAAAAAAGAUAAGAACAGGAUGCUUUUUCUUAAUAAAUAUUAUAAAUUCUACAGCAGCAUCGAGAGCUUAUUAUUUAAAGAAAUAAAAAUAUAUAUUUCAGACCAAUAAAGCGUCUGUUUACUUGUGCCAUCCUAGAAUAUAUGUAUCUCUAAAGGUAUUCCGUCUCCGUUCUAUUUAUUCAUAUUUUUUAAAUCAUUGAAAUGUAUUGCUUGCGAUAAUCGUACUUGAAUAAUCAAAAGUUGUAAUAUCUUAUCAACUCUGGUUCAAUUGUUUCCUUUUCAAUAAUAAAGAUAAGAAAAAAUAUAUUAAAUAAUAAAAACGUAAAGAAAAUAUCUCGACGAUUAUAAAAUCAACAUUAUAGUGAAGUUGUUAUUUUCAAUGCGACCUCUCUAAGCGAGCAUUUUUAGUUUAAUAUAUUUUAAUUAUAUUACUUUUUUAUUUUCUAAUUAUAUAGUAUUUUUUACUCACAGAUCUUUUACUUACAGAUUUAUUAUUCCUUUAAUGUUUGUUUAAUAGAACACACCGAUAAAUAUCUUAAAAAAUUAACAUAGUAUGGAAUACCUUUUCUGCAUCAAUGGUUUAUUUAAUCGACCAUCUUCAUCUGCUUCUGGAUGAUUAUUCGAUAAAAAAGAGAGACCGAGGAUGAGAAAAUAAAUGAAGACAAGAGAUUAUGCUAACGCGCACAGUUACGCGGACCGUCCGAGUAAAGACAUUAAUUAGAGUAAUUCGCUGGCAGGCACAACUUUCUCGUGCAAUUUCUGAUAAAUAUAUAUUUCUUUUUUACGUUCGCUUAAUGAAAUCAUCAAAUGUAUCAAUCAUCACUAGUAAAUAAAAUUUGCCAAAUUUAAAAGAAAGCACAUAUAAUCGGCAUCAAAGAAAAGCGACGUAAAAUAUUACCGAGAGACUAUUAGAAAGAUCCUUAAAAUAUAAGAAUAAUCACAAAUUGAUCAAUCGUUAUAGAUUAGUUGACAGUAAAUAAUUAUGUUAACGCGCGUUUUGCAUAUGAAUAUUUUAUUUCUAUAUUAAUUAUAAGCCCAAGAAAAUCAACAUUAAUAAAUUAAAAAAAUGCAUUUCUAAUUUAUAUGCUUUAUAAUUAGCACACUUAAUUGUUAUAAUAACAAUUUUUUUAAUUCAAAUAAUUAAUUUCUACUAUGCAAAGAACAUUAUUGCAAAUAUGAAGCAAAUAAAUGAUAAAUUUUCAUUUUUCUGACACAAGUCCCACCAGUUCCUUUAUCGACGUCAAACUUUAUUUUUCUAUGUGUACAUCGUGAGAUUAGUUAUUAUCGAAACGUUUAGACAUGUUUUAUCGGGCUUCCGUUUAAGUAAAUUUCAACAUCGACAUUAAUAUGAAAGAAUAAAAAUACGCCUAAAGAUCCAUUCGCCAAAAGAUGCUAAAAUUAUGCAUUCAAAAAUAUUGGAAAAUAAAACAUUUUUUUAAUGCAUCAAGCGAUUAUUUAAUCUUCAGCAUCAAACUAGAAAUGCAAAAAUGGACCUUAGUAAAUUUUUUUCUCGACACAAAACCCGUUAAUUAAUAUUGGACGGAGAAACUCUCGAAUUUCUGAAAAAUUUCCAGAGAUAUUUCUAUCAAUGAUAAUAGCUACUCUCGAACAUACAUGAAAAAGAAACACUUUUCAGCCAGCGAAAUAAUCAAUCAAUAGUUUGUUCGUGCAAAAGCAAUGUUAAUCUGACAAUCUAUGUAAUGACGCUGAAGAAAAUUUCAUCUUGUAAAGAAACAAGAGUGUAACUUAAGUAGCGCGCUGUACACUGGGCCUAAAAAAUGCGUAGCGUUGAGCGAUUCUAGCGGUUCAUUGCAAUUUUAGGGCGACGUAGACGUUGUGUCUAGCGGCAAAUCAAACACAUGCAGCAAGUAGAGUUAAGUGCGAAUGAGAAAACGUGAUGAAAGAACUGACAUGUAGAUAAUUUAUGUAAAUUACGCGAACACAAGAAUGAGAAAUGGGAAUGAAGAGAGAGAGAGAGAGAGAGAGAGAAGCAAAGCAACUAUAAAUGCAUCGUAUUGGAGUAAAAUUGACUCAACUAAAGUAUUUUGUUGCAAAUUAUAUCUUGUAAUUUUAAGUUUAUCUUAUAUAAAUAAAAUUUUUAUAUAUAAAAUAUAUACAAUUUUUAUUUUUAUGUAUAAAAAUGUCUAUUUUUUCUAUAUAAAAUACAGAUUUUUCUUAAAUAUUUUUCACAGAAAAAAUAGAUACUAUCACAAAUUAAGAAUUUUCUAAAAAAAACCGGAACAUAAGACAUCUUUUUCGUUAAACGCACGUAAUUUAGUGAGUCAAUUUUGUUCCAUUAGAACGUAAUAGCCAAUGAGAGAUAAAGAGAGAACACAAAAGGAAUGGAAAAUAAACGAUGUUAUAUUGCGGAAGGAA